AUGGACGAGGAAAUCCAAGAAACACCCAACGAGGAAACCAGCCUGUUACCGAAGAAGCAGGAUGACGAUGAUCGCUCAACCAGCCAGGACGAAGGUGAACUCCUCGACAUUCUGCCCGAGGACGAAACGCCUGCUCGAAAGCUCAUCCUCCAUGAGUUCUGGGUCUUGUUUCGGGGAUCCGUUCCCGUGAUUCUGGCAUACACUUUGCAGAACUCUCUCCAGACAGUCUCUAUCCUGAUCGUCGGCCGAGCUUCGCCACAGGACCUCUCCACAGCUGCCUUCUCAUACAUGUUUGCCAUGUGCUCAGGCUGGCUGAUUGGAAUGGGAGGCUCGACGGCAUUAGACACUCUUGCAUCCUCGACGUUCACGGGGAGCAAAAACAAGCACGAUCUGGGCAUUCUGCUGCAGCGGGCCUUCGUGGUCCUGACCCUGUUUUAUCUACCCGUUGCCAUCCUCUGGUUGUGCUCGGAGCCCGUCUUCAAAGCCCUGGGCCAGAGUGACCAGCUUUCGCGAGACAGCUCUAAAUUCCUUAGCUGUCUGAUCCCUGGCGGGCUGGGGUACAUCUACUUCGAGACCAUGAAGAAGUAUCUCCAAGCACAGGAGAUUAUGCGACCAGGAACAUAUGUGCUCUUAAUCACAUCACCCGUCAGUGCAUUGCUGAACUACCUGUUCGUCUAUGUCGCGGGCUGGGGAAUCUUUGCUGCUCCGUUUGCGACUGGCAUCGGUUACUGGCUGUCGUUCCUGGGGCUUGUGCUCUAUGCGAAAUUCGUCGCAGGCGGCGAAUGCUGGGGUGGCUGGACGAAGAGAUGCCUCCAGAACCUGGGCACAUUCGCCAAACUCGCCAUCCUCGGAGUCAUCCACGUCGGGACCGAAUGGUGGGCAUUUGAAAUCGUCGCCCUGGCUGCGGGCCGACUCGGCGAGAUUCCGUUGGCCUCCCAGAGUGUCAUUAUGACGGCCGAUCAGGUCAUGAACACCAUCCCCUUCGGGAUCGGAGUUGCUGCCAGCGCACGGGUUGGAAACAUGCUCGGAUCGCGCAACGCCAAGGGAGCAGCUCGGUCAGCCAACGUCGCCGCCUGGCUCAGCAUGGUCAUGGGCGCCCUUGUCCUGGCCGUUCUGUUGGGCACACGAAACGACUUUGCGAAGAUCUUCAAUGACGACGAGAGAGUGGUCAAGCUCACUGCGCAGGUGUUGCCGUAUGUCGCUCUGUUCCAGAUCGCAGACGGCUUGAACGGCAGCUGCGGGGGAUCACUGCGAGGCAUGGGCAGACAGCACAUAGGAGCGGCGGUCAACCUUGUCAGUUACUACUGUGGCGCCUUGCCCCUGGGAAUCUGGCUGGCAUUCCACGGCUGGGGGCUCCCCGGGCUCUGGGUCGGCCAGUGCAUCGCCCUGUAUCUUGUUGGAGCGGCGGAGUGGGUCAUUGUCGCCUUCAGCAAUUGGGAAUACCAGGUUCAGAAGGCAUUUGACCGCAUGGACAAGGACGAGCUGGCCGAGAAUGGCCAAGCUGACCCGUCUGCACCUACACCGGCGCCGGUGGCAAAUGGACCACAGUGA